UUUAGUUCUAGUGCAAGUUUUAUGAAUGUGCUUGCCUUCAGUAGAACAGUAGACGUUAUAAUCUAUUCCCGGUGAAGGUGCUGAUCACGAUGGGCGAAGUUGUACGAGAUGUAUUGGAGCCGUUUACGACGUCCGUCCCACUUAGGAUCCGAUACAACGCUAGACAAGUAGUAAAUGGUGCAGAGUUUAGGCCAUCCAACAUUGCCAACAAGCCUAGGGUUGAGAUUGGAGGAGAUGAUCUUAGCACUUUCUACACUCUUGUGAUGGUGGAUCCUGACGCACCCAACCCUAGUAAUCCAUCAAUGAGGGAGUACUUACACUGGUUAGUCACAGACAUCCCUGGCACAACUAAUGCGAACUUUGGUCGUGAAAAUUUAUGCUACGAGGGGCCGCGACCAGCGUUAGGAAUUCAUAGGAUGGUGUUUGUGCUGUUCCAACAGCUGGGAAGGCAGACAGUGUUUGCGUUGCCGGAGGUGCGACAAAACUUCAACACAAGAAGCUUCAUGACUGAAAACUACCUAGUUCCAGUCGCUAUCUCAUACUUCAAUUGCCAGAGGGAGACUGGAUCCGGCGGUAGAAGAUUUGCCUCUUAAUUAUAUAUUAUAUAUAUUAGUGCAUCGUAUCAUAUAUGCAUGCUGAUCAGCAUAUGAUACGAUGUUAGUUGCAAGGUUAUUAUAUACAUGCAUCCCUGCAUAUCGUAUCAUAUAUAUAUAUAUAUGCAUACUGAUCAGCAUAUAUAUGAGGAAGAGAAGGCAAGCUAGCUACUAUGUUGCAAGCUUCUUAUUAUCUAUCGCGUUUCUGUAAUUGAAAUGAGCAGAAAAAUAUAUAUACCGUGCUGUUAUAUUA